AGCCUGAGCUCCCAUUACACAACUCUCCCGCCUUGGGUUUAAUAACGCUUGACGGUCCCCCCAGAGACGUACAAGCAGACAUUGCAAACGUUUCAAUCUCAUCGGAUUCAUCCUCCGACAAGGAACCUUCCGUCCGUCCUCCAUCUCCUGAACCCCCAUCCAAGGACGCCAUCGGUCUGCCAUCUCCUCCUGAUCCUACCAACUAUCCUCGAAUCAUGGCCGAUCCGGCCGCAUAUAUCCUUUCACUGCAGAACAACAUUCGGCAGCGGCCCAUCUCGUGGGAGGGUGCUGUGAGAGCAAAGACCAUCUCUGAUGCCGACCUCAAAGCGAUCAAGUCCAUCGACAAGGUGCGAACCGAGCAGAGGAAGGAGACCAUCGAGUCGGAUUCAAAGACAUAUUGCUCGUUAUUACUAGGCGGGGGUGGCCAGAGGAGUAUAUUUGAGUCGGCAGCAAAGAGACAGGAUAUUAUUCAAUAUAUGCUAGUACUGGCCGGAGAUGUGCUUGAAGAUGUACCGGAAUUCGCAGAGACCCUGAUAAAGCAUCCCGAUCCAUACGCACACUUGUUACCCUUUUUGAAGCAACCAAGCAAUCUGGAAGAGCCCAUAGCAUUGCUAGCUUCGACUCUUAUAACAAGACUCCUAUCUCCUGCGAUUGACACCAAAGGAGCACCGAAAGUCAGCGAAACUCUCCCCGUCGUGUACAAGUAUCUUUCAUCGCUGUCGAAAACCUCCGAUGCAGGGCUGCAAGACAUUGCAGUGCAGCACUACACAAACUUGUUGAAGAACACUGCGUCGCGGAAGAUCUUCUGGGAUCUACGCUCCGAGACUGUCGCUCCGCUGUUCGAGAUAUUGAAAACUGCUGGUGGCGCUGCUUCCAAGGAUAGCUCGUCGAUUCUAUCCACUCCGACAGCAGCAAGCGUCGGAGGGGUCAGCUUGCAGCUUUUGUAUCAUGUUCUGUUUGUCAUCUGGAAACUGAGCUUCGAUGGCGAGACUCUUGGCGACGGACUCGACGACGAGUACGACCUAAUACCCCUCUACGUCUCCCUCGUCCGCAUCUCCCCCAAAGAAAAAACCACGCGCCUCCUCCUCGCCACCCUCGUCAACCUCCUCAACUCCAACCCCGCCUCCCUCCUCCCCGCCGCCGCCCUCGCCCACCUCCACCCCGCCGUCAAGUCUGUCCAGUCCCGCCACCUCACUGACCCCGAACUCCUCGACGACCUUGCCACCCUCCUCACCCUCCUCGAAGACCACGCCAAGUCGCAGACCACCUUCGACCUGUACGCCGCCGAGGUGCGCGGCGGUCACCUCCGCUGGUCCCCGCCCCACCGCUCCGCCAUGUUCUGGGCCGAGAACGCCCGCCGAGUGCUCGAGGAGAACCGCGGCGAGCUGCCACAGCAGCUCGCGGAGAUCUUGGGACGCGACUGGGAGGGCGACACGCAGGUGCUGGCGAUCGGGUGCAACGACGUCGCGUGCUUGGUGAAGGAGGUGCCCGAGGCGCGGUCGAAGUUGGAGCGAUGGGGGUUGAAGGGGCGGGUGAUGGCGCUGAUGGAGCAUCGGGACGGACUGGUCCGGAGUGAGAGUUUGAGGGCGCUGGGAGAGUGGUUUAGGUAUACGGGGACGCUCAACUAGAUUUGGGUGGCCGAGCGUCUUUGGAUAUUGGCGGUGGCGACGGUAUUCACGCACAACUGCAUGUUGAAUCGGUUUGCGUAUCCUUCCUGUUGGCUAAUGAGCUAGUGGAAGGUCCGCUGCUCAAAUUCUUGUAGUCUGAUAUGUACCCUUCUCUAGAACUACCCAUUCUUUCUGGUAUAGAAUCUCAUGUUCUGAGAGUAGGCUCCUGAACCUCUAACGCCAAUCCCAUUGACAAACCCGCUCAGGGCUUCGAUGAGAUACCGAAGUUAUCCAAGUUCCACUACGCCUUGCUUCUUCGAGACGACCUCCUGGGAGAUUCGGUUACAAUAGUUUCCUUCUUCGGUGUUGACUUGGUAUUCGUUUUCGAUACUUUGCUAGGCCUCUUGGAUUUAGCCUUUGAAUUUUCCACCUCGUCAGCAUCUUCGCUAU